GCAGCAGACACCAUGCUCUUCUCAUGCAACAUCACGGGGAGAAACUGCAGCGACGGGAACAGCAGCAGCACCGGGACCGGGACCGGGACCGGGAACCGCACAGACCCGUUCGGGAGGAACGAGGAGGUGGCCAAGCUGGAGAUCACCGUCCUCAGCGUGGUGUUCGUUGCAGCCGUGCUGGGGAACCUGAGUGUCCUUCUGGCCAUGCACCGCACCCGGAGGAAACCAUCCCGAGUUCACCUGUUCAUGAAGCACCUGAGCCUGGCCGACCUGGUGGUGGCCUUCUUCCAGGUGCUCCCUCAGCUCUGCUGGGAGGUCACCUACCGCUUCUCCGGGCCCGACCCCCUGUGCAGGGUGGUGAAGCACCUGCAGGUUCUCGGGAUGUUCGCCUCCACCUACAUGAUGGUGAUGAUGACCUUGGACAGGUACAUCGCCAUCUGCCACCCGCUGCAGACGCUCCAGCAUCCAACGCAACGAGCACACUUGAUGAUUGGAUCCACCUGGUUGUGCAGCCUGGUCCUCAGCAUCCCGCAGUACUUCAUCUUCUCCCUGAGCGAGGUGCAGCCGGGUUCGGAGGUGUUCGACUGCUGGGGUCACUUCGUGGAGCCGUGGGGGCUGCGUGCGUACAUCACCUGGAUGACGGCCGGGAUCUUCAUCGUGCCAGUGGCCGUGCUCGUCUUCUGCUAUGGUCUCAUCUGCUGGACCAUCUGGAGGAACCUCAAGUGCAAGACCAGGAGGAGGACAGAGGACACCAAGGAUGGGUUCCUGGGUCGGGGGUCUGUCAGCGGCGUUGGCACCAUCUCCCGUGCCAAAUUACGCACGGUGAAGAUGACCUUCGUGAUCGUGCUGGCCUACGUGGUGUGCUGGGCUCCGUUCUUCACGGUGCAGAUGUGGUCGGUGUGGGACAAGAGCUUCUCCUGGGCCGACUCUGAGAACACCACGGUGACGCUCACCGCCCUGCUGGCCAGCCUCAACAGCUGCUGCAACCCCUGGAUCUACAUGGUCUUCAGUGGACACUUGCUCUCGGACUUCGCCCGCAGCCUGCCGUGCUGGCGUCCGCUCAGGAGCAAGUUCAGCCAGCAGGACUCGGACAGCAGCAGCGUCCGCCGGACCACGCUGCUGUCCCGCCUGCAGGGUCCGCGACUCUCCGAGCCCUCCAGGGACCUGGACCCGCCCCCGAAAAACUAUCUGCCCAUCCCGUCUGCGUCAUGAUUACUGGAAACGUUCCCCGCAUGUCUGUUUUUGAUUUUGAAGGACGACAACAGAAAACAUGACUGCUGGUUUGUAGCAGCGAUGGAAGGCGUGAUGUCAUCGGUGUGCGGUCAUGCUUUCAGCUUGUUUGCUUUGGUCCGAUCCAGAGAGGGAGCGUCUACUCCUUGGCGGUGUUUGUUUCUUCGAGCUUCACACAGCUGUCUAACACAUUUAUUUCAGUCUUUGCUCUAAUUUAACUUAUUUAGAAUACGAGCGUCUGUCGUCAACACUGAGAGCCAUGCUGUGGAGGAAACGGAUUCACGUGUCAACAACCGUUUUUCAUCCCCAUGAACCCUGCUGCUGUCGGGUUGGAUCCUCUCCACAUUAUGACUCAUGAGCUGAUCAUGUGACAUCUGAUGGGACCCAGUUGGACAUGGUUUGUUCCGGUCUGGUUCAAUUGGACUGGGUGUUCUUCAGUCUGCUUCAGUUGGAUCUGGGACUGUUCCAUUCUGGUUCAGCUGGACCUGUUCUGUUUCAGUGUGUUUCAGUUGGACCUGUUUUUUUCCCCGAUCUGGUUCGACUGGACCGGAUGUGUUCCAGUCUGCUUCAGCUGGACUGGGACUGUUCCGUUAUAGUUCAGUUGGGCCUGGUCGGUUCCUAGUUGAAUCAGCUGGAAGUGGUCCACUCCAGUCUGGUUCAUUUGGACCUGGCCUGUUCCAUUUUGGUUUACCUAGACUUAUUUUGUUCAGGUCUGGACCAGCUGGACUGGGUUUGUUCCAGCCUGGUUCAGCUAGACCUGAUCAGUUGUGGUCUGAUUUAGUUGGAUUGCGUCUGUUCCAGUCUUGUUUAGUUGGACAUGGUCUGAUCCGGUCUUGUUUAGUUGGACAUGGUCUGAUCCGGUCUUGUUUAGUUGGACAUGGUCUGAUCCGGUCUUGUUUCAGUCUAAUCUGACGUCUUCAGGUCCUCAUGAAGAGUUAAAACAUGUUUGUCAGACUAUCUAAAUACAUUUCUUUACAUUUCAGAUUUAGAUAAAACAGAAAUGUUUUACAGCGCAGUCACAAUACUUAAAAAUAAAAAGGUACUAGAGCUGCAACUAAUGUGUAUUCAUUUAAUUAUCAUUUAAUCUGGGAGUUAUUUUCUCAAUUAUCAAUAAUCGUUUGCUCUAAAAAUUGUAAUAAAAUUGUGAAAAAGUUUCAGUAUUUUCACAAAAAACAAGUUUACAAAAUCAAAAUCCUUCGUUUGUCCAUCUGUCAACUGUUCAAAUGCUAAAAGAUAUUCAGUUUACAUUCAGUCUGAAGAGCUGGAAUUUGAGUAUUUCUUUGCUUUAACUUCCACAGAGUAAAAUGAAAAAUGGAAUGCAUCCUGGUAGCUACAUACCUUAUUAUUCUGCUACAACUGGUUUGUUUGUAUGUCUUUAAACAAAUCACACUUAAGCACAGGAUGCAGUGACGGUGCUUAUUGACAUUGUGUAUAUAAUCAUAAUUUGUAUCACUUCUGCUAUUAAAGGGUGAGAGAGUGAUAACAAAAAAUAACAAUUUAAUGUUCAAUAUUUAACUGUAUUUCAAAUUGCAUUUUGUUUAAUAUAAAUAACAUUAACAAUGUGAAUACACAUCUUCAGAAACAUUUCUUUAUGAUCAGUUGCACCCCGACUUAUGUUGCUUUACAUUGGGGUCUAUGGCUUGUUAAGCUUCUUUAAGAGACUCAUCCCAGAUGUGUUGUUGUUGUUGUUGUAAAGAUGAAAUGUACUCUAUAUGUUGUUGUAAUAUAUAUAUUGCUACAUGUUGU